UCCAGUUUUCAGUAUCUCACACACACUUCAUAAAUUUUAGUUAUUAGUUCAACAUGGCGUUCCUAAUUAGUUCCCUGAAGCUCUUCUUGUUCUCCACGUGGCUCAUCUUCACCGCUUUGGGACUCAACCUCUCACUUCCAACCAUUACUUACUUCUUCUCCACCCACGUGCCUCUCACGUGGAAUCUCUGCCUCACGUACCUCAAGCCACCCUAUCUCUUCCUCCUCCUCAACGCCAUCAUCCUCUCUAUCGCCGCCUCCUCCAUCUUCCACCACCCUAUUCCUCCUCCGUCUCCUACUCACCAACCGCUUCAUUUUGCUUACGUCACCAAACCAUCCCCACCACUACAUCCGCCCUUAUCCAUACACCACGAUUAUCUUCCUGCUCUCGUCGACGUCAAGCCUGUCGUCGUUAACGGCAUCACAGCCGCGCCCGAAGAAGAGGAACAAUACAAAACGGCCACGGCGGAGUUGACGUGGACACCGACGCCGGAGACAGAGACGGCGGAGUUGACGUGGACACCGACGCCGGAGACAGAGACAGCGGAGUUGACGUGGACAUCGACACCGAAGACGGCUCCGUCGAUGGCGCCGACGAUGGAUGAGGUGUGGAAGGCGAUAACGGAGGAACAAUCGAGUGCGAUGAGGAAGAGAUCGAAAACGAUGAAGGAGCGGAAGAAGAUUCCGAUGGUAUGUGGCAGCGACGAUAAUGACAAGAGGAGAGAGGCGGAGGAGGUGAGUGAUGAUGAGUUGAAUCGGCGAGUUGAAGCGUUCAUAAGGAAGUUCAACGAAAAUAUGAGGCGGCAGAAGAAACAAUCACUGAAUCGUUCGCUACGUGAAAUUGGAAACACUGGUAAACCCUGCCAGUGAUCAUAUGUAUGGAACUGUAUACUAUUUUGUGAGUAAUUAGAAUUUAAAAAUAUCUUCCAAAAUCAACUAAUUAAAAUUCCUUUUUCAA